CAAAAUGGAGGCACGUGCGUGGGUCACAUGGCGGGUUACACGUGCUACUGUCGACCUGGAUACAACGGCACGAACUGUGAAAGCGAUAUAAAUGAGUGUGCUUCGAAUCCUUGUUUGAAUGGGGGAACGUGUCAAGACCAGGUUAAUGGAUAUCGAUGUGUUUGUCAAAAUGGCUUUACCGGAAUCCGUUGCCAUACAAACAUUGACGACUGUGCCAAUCAGCCGUGCCAGAAUGGAGGGUUGUGUUUAGAUGGAGUCAACUCCUACAACUGCUCCUGUCCAAGGGAGUACACCGGGCAACUCUGUGAAAUAGAUGUGAACGAAUGCGCAUCAUUCCCAUGUGUCAAUGGCGUGUGUUCCGAUCACGUGGGUUAUUUUAAUUGUUCAUGCUUCCCUGGGUAUUCCGGAACCUGCUGCGAAAUAAACAGUGAUGACUGCCAGUCCGGACCUUGUUUAAACGGUGGAUUGUGUAUAGACGGGGUCAAUUCCUACACGUGUACAUGCCGCAGGGGGUACACGGGCGACAACUGCGCAAAUGAUACAAAUGAGUGCGAAUCAUCACCUUGCCAACAUGGUGGCAUUUGCAUAGACAAUGUCGGAUUCUUUGUAUGCGUUUGUUCUGCGGGAUACACGGGAACUCGCUGCGAAAUUGAGACAAAUGAGUGUGCCUCCAACCCUUGCCGAAACAACGGAUUAUGUACAGACCUUCCGUUAGAAUUCAACUGUACCUGUCCUGUCCUGUUUACCGGACUUAUCUGCGAAACUGGGUUAAGUGCCUGUUUAUCAGCACCAUGCAGGAACGGUGGCUUUUGUAUAGACGUUCCCGGCGGAUACAAUUGUUCAUGCAAUCCGGGAUACACAGGACCAAUGUGUGAAAUAGACAUUAAUGAGUGUAUUUCCCAGCCCUGUUUGAACGGUGCAAUAUGUCGAGAUAUUGUUAACGGUGUUCAGUGCGUUUGUGAUGCUGGACAUGAAGGAGAGUUUUGUCAAAUUGAUAAGGAUGAGUGCGCAGUAUCGCCAUGUUUAAACGGCGGUACCUGUAACCAAUACACCGCCUUCUACAACUGUACUUGUCCGAUAGGGUUCAUUGGAUUUCAUUGCGGGAUAAAUGUGAAUGAAUGUGAAUCACAACCGUGUAGUAAUGGUGGAAUAUGUCAUGAUGGUGUCAACAACUAUACUUGUGUGUGUCGGGAUGGGUUUACUGGUGGAACUUGCUUAAAUGAAACGGAUGAAUGUACGCCAGAUCCAUGUCAAAAUGGAGGUACUUGUGUGGAUUUGGUGGCGGCAUUUCGUUGUCGAUGUGCACCAGGAUAUACCGGAACAUUUUGUGAAACAGAUAUAAAUGACUGCGACCCGAAUCCCUGCCAGAACGGGGCGUAUUGUACGGAUCUCGUCAACAGCUACAACUGCACGUGCAUCGCAGGAUUGGAUGAAUAUUUGAUAUGUACCGUUGAUCCUUGCCUAAAUGGCGCUACAUGCAUCGCGGAUCGGUGUUUCUGUGCUCCUGGUUGGGCUGGCGUUCAUUGUGGAACAGACGUGGACGAGUGUGCAUCCAAUCCCUGCAGAAACGGAGGAACAUGUUCACAAGCUAUCGGCCAGUACAGCUGUGCAUGCCCUCCAGGCUUCACUGGAAUUAACUGCGAAAUAAAUAUAAACGACUGCGCAAGUCUGCCUUGUUUAAAUGGAGGACAUUGUAAUGACCAGAUCAAUGGAUUCAACUGCAGCUGUACACCUGGUUACGUCGGCCCCUUUUGUCAGACAGAUAUCAAUGAGUGUGCGUCUAACCCUUGUAUGAACAAUGCCACAUGUUUGGACCAGGUUGCCCAGUUUUCCUGUGUCUGUCCUGAAGGAUUCACCGGCACUCUUUGUGAACACAAUAUCAAUGAGUGUGUUCCAAAUCCCUGCCUAAAUGGAGGUGUAUGUGUGGACAUGGUUAACGGCUAUAUAUGCGUUUGUCACUCCGGGUACACGGGGACGAACUGCGAGAUAAACGUUAAUGACUGCCUCCCGAAUCCUUGUUUGCACGGGGCUACCUGCCUGGACGGAGUUGGAAUGUUCACGUGCACAUGUGUGCUAGGAUAUACAGGCAGAACGUGCGAAACAGACAUUGAUGAAUGUCGGCCGAAUCCAUGCAGAAAUGGUGGUCUAUGUGUGGACGGUAUCAACAGUUUUACAUGCAUAUGUCCAGCUGGAGUCACGGGUGUAAUAUGUGAAACAGGUAUCGAUGAGUGUGCAUCCUCGCCCUGUGGUGCCGAGAACACGUGUGUGGAUGGAAACAACACAUACACAUGCAUAUGUCGUGCAGGUUACACUGGGAGUUGCUGCGAAAUUGAUAUAAACGAAUGUGCGUCGGAACCUUGUCUAAACGGUGGUCUGUGUUUGGAAGGUAUAGACGUGUACAACUGCACGUGUCAACCUGGGUAUCAGGAUGCCCACUGUGGAACAGACAUCAAUGAGUGUGAAUCAGGCCCUUGCCAACAUAACGGGACAUGUGUUAAUCUGGUUGGUUCGUUUCAAUGUAACUGUGCUCCAGGAUACACCGGCACAUUGUGUCAGAUAGAUGUGAACGAGUGUUCCUCACAGCCUUGUUUAAACGGUGGAGUGUGCAUAGACGGAAUCAAUCGGUAUAACUGCACGUGUCCUCAAGGGUACCAAGGAACUGACUGCGAAACUGAAAUUCAAGAGUGCUCGUCUUCUCCGUGCAUCAACGGAGGGACAUGCGGAGAACAUAUCGGAUACUACAUGUGCACUUGUAUUCCCGGUUAUACUGGAACCAACUGUGAACACGAUAUCAACGAGUGUCUGCCAAUGCCAUGCCUUAACGGUGGAACGUGUGUAGAUGAAGUCAACCGCUACACGUGCAUAUGUCGAGCAGGCUUCACUGGCACAAAUUGCGAAGAAAACAUUGACGAGUGUAUUGGGAUUAUUUGUCAGAACGGGGGCACGUGCGAGGAUGGCGUAAACAGCUUUCGGUGUGUCUGUCUUCCUGGUUAUACCGGAGAAAGAUGCCAAACUGAUAUCGACGAGUGUCUUUUAUUACCGUGCCACCAUGCCGGGACAUGUCAAAAUACACCUGGAAGCUACAUGUGCAUUUGUCCAAUAGAUCUGACUGGGCAAAACUGUGAACUAUUAAUGAACGAAUGCCUUUCGAAUCCAUGCCUGAAUGGGGGAGAGUGUUUCGUCGGCGAGGGACGUUAUGACUGCAUCUGCUUGCCAGGCUUCAGCGGAACAAAUUGCCAGAUAAAUAUAAACGAAUGCUCCUCCAGUCCAUGCCUUAAUGGUGGAACAUGUCUAGAUGGCAUUAAUUUCUACAAUUGCACAUGCAGUCCUGGAUAUACUGGACUACAUUGUGGAAUAGACAUCAACGAGUGUGCUUCUGGACCGUGUCAGAACGGCGGCGUAUGCAGCGAUCGCGUCAACCUGUACAUCUGUUACUGUCCACCGGGAUAUACGGGAAUUAACUGUGAACUAGAUAUAGAUGAGUGUGCCUCCAGUCCCUGCCAAAAUGGAGCAACGUGUGCGAGUGUUAUUCCGGGAUUCCGUUGCAUUUGUAUGCCCGGGUACACCGGAGCCUUCUGUGAUAUAGAUAUAAAUGAGUGUGCCUCAUCCCCUUGCCUAAACGGGGGCUUGUGUGAAGACAAAAUUAAUUCCUAUAUUUGCCAUUGUGUUCCUGGAUUAACGGGCGACCGAUGUCAAUCAGACGUAAAUCAUUGCCUGUCUCAGCCUUGUUCAAACAACGGCGUAUGUCUUGAUGGAUUAAACAACUUCACGUGUGUAUGUCGUCCUGGGUUCACCGGCAUCACGUGCGAUAUAAAUAUCAACGAGUGCGCCAGUCAGCCGUGUCAGAACAGGGGAAUUUGUGUCGAUGAAAUCAAUGGAUACAUUUGUAUUUGCCCCAUUGGAUUUAUGGGGCUCAGAUGCGAAAUAAAUGUUGUCGAAUGCUCUUCUAAUCCCUGCUUGAAUGGAGGCACGUGUAUAGACGGUGACACUAUGUACACGUGCAACUGUCGACCAGGAUACACCGGAACACAUUGCGAACUAGAUAUAGAUGAAUGUUUAUCUUACCCCUGCCAAAGGGGAAACUGUAUCGAUGGUUCAAAUGGUUAUACGUGCGUUUGUCCCAAUGGAUUUUCUGGAUUGAAUUGUGAUAUUGAUAUUAAUGAGUGUGUGCCUACUCCUUGUUCCAACAACGCAACCUGCGUUGACCUGGCUGGUGGUUAUAAUUGCAUUUGUGCGCCUGGCUACACGGGAUCAUGCUGCGAACUUGACAUCAACGAAUGUGCAUCUGACCCGUGUAGUAAUGGUGGUCUGUGUGUAGAUCUGAUCAACUCGUGUAUUUGUAUAUGCGUUCCAGGCUACACAGGGGACACCUGUCAGAUUGAUAUAAAUGAGUGUUUGUCUGACCCCUGUCCACCCUCGGUCCAUUGUGAGGAUCUGGAGAAUGCCUACAGAUGUGUUUGUCCCCCAGGUUAUACCGGUCCCUUUUGCAUGACACCGGUUGAUUUGUGUUAUCCGAUCCCAUGUUUAAACAAUGGCACGUGUCAAAUGACUAACAUCCUUUACCCUUCGUACGUUUGCACAUGCGUACCGGGAUUUACAGGAAUUAAUUGCCAAAUCAACAUUGACGACUGUGUUUACAGCCAUUGUGCGGCGUUCUCGACUUGUGUGGAUGGAAUCAACAAUUACACAUGCAUUUGUCCGCCUGGUUUUACUGGACCGUUCUGCACUGAAAACAUCAACGAGUGUUCAAGCUUUCCUUGUAUACGUAAUGCUACGUGCGUGGAUACUAUUGGCAGCUACUAUUGCGCAUGCCCCUCGGGCCUGACGGGGCUUCACUGUGACACUCUUACAGCACAAGCAUGUUUAUCGUCCGACGACUGCGAUUCUGACAAGACGUGUGUAGAUCAAGAGUGCGUCUGUGCUGAUUAUUAUGUUGGUGUGGUCGGAGAUGCCUGCAUGCAUGUUGGUAUACUCACUGUCAUUAUCUUGGUUGGCAUCAUCGUUGGAAUAAUAGGAGCUAUAUUAACAAUAAAGCAUCUGAGGAAUUCCGGAUGUAAUGGUCAAGACCCUGUUGACGAAACGGAAAGCGGGACAAUGGGCGAUGACUCAUCUGAUGACAAUUCAUUAGAUAAUUGGUUAAAAAAGUUAUUAACAAAAUAUAAACCAGGAAAGACGAAGAAGUCCCAAGACGAACCUCAAUUUCUAUGUUGUUUUGGAUUUGUGAACAAGGAGAAGCAGGGGCGCUCGUGUCGAAAGGUGUCUCCUUUAUCCGACUUAAAGUCAACGAAACUGGGCAGAAAUAUCCGGGCAGUUCAACAAGGAGUUAUGGCACAGAAAUACAAAGUUGGUGAUAAGAAAAAGUUAAUCUCGAAGGUGGACGAAAAAUUAAAUAUUGAUACGAGCUUAACAUCUUCAGAUACGAGCUCAUCAUCUUCAAAUCAUCAAGGACGUACGGUACAGAUAUUCGAAGUUCUUGACAAGAACAGAGGCAUCUCUUCAAGCGAAGAAACAUCAAGUUCUGAAACGACUUCAGGUGGCUCAGGUAGGAAACCUUUACGGCCAUUUUGA